AUGAUCCUUAGUCAGGCUUCGAGCCGUUUGGCCCACUUCGCCACCCGGACACUCCCCAUUGCCACUGCGGCAGCUCUCAUUUCCACCCCCCUCUUCGCUCAAGAUUCAGAAGGAGGAAGCGCGCUCGACGUGUUCACCAAGUCGGGAACGAUCGGUAUCCUCAUCAUCUUGCUUUCGGUGGUCGCCCUCGCGGUGAUUAUCGAGAACACGGUGACCUUGAAGCGCGACAAGCUGGCUCCCCCGGAGCUGAUUGACGAGGUCCAAGCCCUGUUUGACGAAGGUCAGUACCAGGAAGCUAUGGAGCUGUGUGAAAACGAGCCUUGUUUCUUCACCCGCAUCGCUGGUGCAGGUAUCGCGAAGAUCGGACACCCAUUCGAGGUCAUCGAGCAGUCCAUCAGCGAAAUGGGCGACGAGGAGUCGAUCCGCCUCCACCAGAAGAUUGGCUGGCUUUCCCUCAUCUCAAAUGUCGCGCCCAUGAUGGGUCUGCUCGGUACUGUGGGUGGAAUGAUCAAGGCAUUCGAAACGAUCGCCUCCUCCCAAGGCCAGGCCAGCCCGGCCGAGCUAGCGCUUGGUAUUUCUGAGGCGCUGCUCACCACCAUGCUUGGGCUUGUCGUGGCUAUCCCCACCAGUGCUGCGUUCGCUUUCCUGCGCAACCGCCUGGUGAAGACCGUCAUCGAGGUCGGCGCAAUCAUCGAGGACCUGUUCGAGCGCUUCCGCCCAAACGCUGCGUAG